AUGAGCUGUACAAGAAUAAUGGAUACCAGACUACAGGAGGCGGAAGGAUUUGGUGAAGAAAGUUCAGGAAAGAAAAAAUCUAAGUUUAAGUCUAUCAAAAAAUUCUUUGGAAAAAGGAAAAGGAAAGAGACAUUACCAUCUUCAGGAAGUGGCAGUCUGAAACUGUAUCAGUCGACAAGUGAUGUCACAACCUCUGACUCUAUGCACGUAGGCUAUGAUUCAGAAGAUGAACCUGAGAUAUGCAACAGUGUUAUGGGAAGCAGAGCACUGUCCCACGACAGCAUUUUCAUUGCCGAGGCUGCACAAGAGCCUGCAAGGCCAGUACGAGUAUUUUCUCAGGAAAAUGUUUCCGGUCGGAUUAGGGCUUUGCAGUUGAAACUGCAACAGAAUUGGAAAUUUGGUCGUUCUUCUCCAUUUGGAACUCCUUCAAAGCGAAUGGAUGAUGCUGGAAUGAGUUCAGAGGAUGAUGGGCUACCCAGAAGCCCACCGGAAAUGUCUUUGCUACAGGAAAUUAUAAAUUCCAAAACAGCACAGUUUUCUGACUCUCACAAGCAUCUUAGCUCUUUGAGUUUAGCUGGAACAGGCAGUGAAGAAGAAGAACAGGUCACAUCAGGUCCUUGGAGAACAUGUUCUGCAGAAAGCCAGUUAUUCCCCAGGAAGUCGAGUGUUAAAAUUAUAGCUGUGCCAGUCUCUGAUGACAGCCUCUCACCUCCUGCAGAUUUUGAUACUCCUCCUGAGUUCACCACUGUCUUGGAUAAUUCAGCUGCUAAGCACAAGCUUUUAGUAAAGCCACGGAACCAGAGAUCCAGUAGAAUGAGAAGACCACCUUCGAAGAGCCUGUCAGAGUCUCAGAAUGACUUGAGCUCUACCCCUGAGGAAGAUGAAUGUGAAAGGAAAGAGGCACCGGCUGAACUGACCUAUGAAGGUGUCAGUUCCAACUGUCAGGCCCUGACAGAAAGCACAGCUUCAUCAAAUAAUGCAGUGCACUCCCAGCAACUUGAAAUGUCAAAAGGCCUACAGCCUAGCUUGAGUCACCAAGAUGAAAAGUCUUCCGUGUUGCACUCCACUUCUCCAUUGGACUUGCCUCCCUUUGAAAAGAAUUCUGAGGGCUGCCAAAAAUCUGAAUUGGAGAGUACAGGUAAGGGAUUAGGCAUGAUGGAGCCUGAGCCGCUGCCCCAGGCCAUAAAUCCAGCAUCAGUGUCAAGUCAUUCUGGUAGUGGCCUGCCACAGCAGUCAAGUGCCAGCCAGUCAGGCUGGGAAGAUAAAAAUCCAUUUCAAGUCAAACUGCGAUCGACUUCGUUAUCACUGAGAUACAGAGUCAGUUCCUCACGGGAAUCAAAGGAGAUGAAAAGACACAGCGCAGAGUUUAACUUAGAAAAAGAAGGGCUGCCUUCCCCUUUGCUGAAAAGUGAAAAGGCAGAAGUGAGAAAAAUAACUGACGUAGAUAUCAGUGACAAUUUAAAUGAAACCUGUAAAACUAAAACAAAGUCCCCUGAGCAGUCCAGCACAAAACCUCCAUUGCCAAGGAAACCUGUUUUACAACAAGUUGUUAUUACUGGCACGAACACAAGCUUGGAAAAGCAGGAAAAGGUGAUCAAAUGCCCUGAAUCAAAAAAUGAAGAGGAGAAAGAUUUGGAGAAGAAAUCUGAUCCCUCUGAAGUGCCUG